CGCUUCGAGGAGGGAAAAAAAGGGCAGGACUUAGAGAGGAACUCAUCACAACCUGGGCUGAGCCUCGCAAAGAAGCACACUCUUAAGAAGGUUGUGCUGCAGGAAGAGAAGAGACAUCCAGUGAAAACCCAGUGAGAACGCGGUGCGAACCGAACGCGCUGCCGCCGUCGUGCGUAAAAAGACGCGUCGCGGAGAAACGUCCAGAAGAAGGAGCUGCGAGAAGCGUGACGGGAGCCCCUGUUUUUUAUCACUUACUUCUGCAUCUCCAGAUUGCUUGCAGCCGCUCCUUUUCGCUCUCCCGCUUGGUGUGUUGUUUGUUUUUUUUUUUGCCGUGCGUAAUGAUGGCCACUUACCAAAACCCCGAAGAUGACGCAAUGGGCCUGAUGGUCCACGACACGAACGCGGCCAAGGAGAAGGAGCGGGCCAAAGACGAGCCCCUGCAGGAGAAGAGCUCCGAGAAGACAGACCCGUCACAGAAGCCCCCGUACUCCUACGUGGCGCUCAUUGCCAUGGCGAUCCGGGAGAGUUCCGAAAAGAGGCUCACCUUGUCAGGUAUCUACCAGUACAUUAUCUCCAAGUUCCCCUUCUACGAGAAGAACAAGAAGGGCUGGCAGAACAGCAUCCGCCACAACCUGAGCCUCAACGAGUGCUUCAUCAAGGUGCCCAGGGAAGGCGGGGGCGAGAGGAAGGGCAACUACUGGACCCUGGACCCCGCGUGCGAGGACAUGUUCGAGAAGGGCAACUACAGGAGGAGGAGGAGGAUGAAGCGGCCCUUCAGACCCCCUCCCACGCAUUUUCAGCCCGGCAAGUCGCUCUUCGGCGGCGACGGAUACGGCUACCUGUCUCCCCCAAAGUACCUGCAGUCCAGCUUCAUGAACAACUCCUGGUCACUGGGACAACCGCCCACGCCGAUGCCCUACACGUCGUGUCAGAUGGCGAGCGGCAACGUGAGUCCCGUGAACGUGAAGGGACUGUCGGCGCCCACGUCCUACAACCCGUACUCCCGCGUGCAGAGCAUGGCGCUGCCCAGCAUGGUGAACUCCUACAACGGCAUGAGCCACCAUCACCACCCGCACCCGCACCAUCCUCAGCAGCUGAGUCCGGCCACGGCGGCCCCCCCUCCGGUGUCCUCGAGCGGCGGCGCGGGCCUGCAGUUCGCGUGCUCGCGCCAGCCCGCCGAGCUGUCCAUGAUGCACUGCUCGUACUGGGAUCACGAGAGCAAACACUCCGCGUUGCACACACGGAUUGACAUUUGAAUGGUCCGAAGUGGGUGGAGG